AUGCACAAAACAGUUAGUUAUUUCUAUGAUCCAGAUAUUGGAAAUUAUCAUUAUGGAGCAAAUCAUCCUAUGAAACCUCAUAGAAUGAGAAUGACACACUCAUUAGUUUUAAGUUAUGGACUCUAUAAAAAACUAGAUAUGACGGUUCCUAAAAGAGCUACUAGAAAAGAUAUGACUCGGUGUCAUACAGAUGAAUAUGUAGACUUCUUAUGGAGGGUAACACCAGAUACAAUGGAAAAGUUUAUAUUACAUCAAUCUCGGUUUAAUGUCGGAGAAGAUUGCCCAGUAUUCGAUGGGUUGUUUGAGUUCUGUUCAAUUUCAGCAGGCGGAUCUAUCUGCGCAGCACAAAAAAUUAAUACUGGGGAUUCAAAUAUUGCAAUUAAUUGGUCAGGAGGCCUUCAUCAUGCAAAAAAACGAGAAGCAUCUGGAUUUUGUUAUGUCAAUGAUAUUGUUCUUGCAAUUUUAGAAUUAUUGAAAUAUAAUCAGCGUGUUCUUUACAUAGACAUUGAUAUUCAUCAUGGAGAUGGUGUAGAGGAGGCAUUUUAUACUACCGACAGAGUUAUGACAUGUUCAUUUCACAAAUAUGGGGAAUAUUUCCCAGGUACGGGAAGCAUUGAGGAUAUUGGAAUAGGAAAGGGGAAAAAUUAUUCUGUUAAUAUCCCGCUUAAGGAUGGAAUCGAUGAUAAAUCAUACGAAAGUGUUUUCAAACCAAUUAUACAGAGGAUUAUGGAUUGGUAUAGACCAAAUGUCAUUGUUUUACAAUGUGGUGCAGAUUCUCUUGCAGGCGAUCGACUUGGAUGCUUUAAUCUUUCAAUGAAAGGCCAUGCAGAAUGUGUGAGAUUUGUCAAAAGUUUUAAUCUUCCUAUUGUUGCUGUAGGUGGCGGUGGAUAUACAAUUAGGAAUGUUGCUCGUGCCUGGACUUAUGAAACAGCUGUUCUUAUUGAUGAAACGUUAGAUGAAAACAUCCCAUUUAAUUCAUACUUGGAUUACUAUGGCCCAGAAUUUAAAUUAGAUGUUCCUUCAAACAAUAUGGAAAAUCAAAACUCAAGAACUUAUCUAGAAAAUAUAACAUCAAAAGUAAUUGAUAAUCUUAGAAAUAUAUCACAUUCCCCUUCAGUACAGAUACAGCAUAUUCCCUCCGAUUUCUUAUUUGAAGACGAAAAUAAUAUCUAA